AUGCGCUCCAAGCCGGCGAAGCCAGCUGGCACGGCACCAUCAACCUUCAACCGCAAGGCACGCCGCGACUGGACCGCCAAGAAGCGGGCGCUCUCGCAGAACGACAACCCUGAGAACGAGCCAGAGGCACUCGCCUGCCCGCGUCGCCGCCAUCAGACCGCUCCCCGCGGCUCAGUGUGGACAGCGGUGCGUGUCUCACUGGAGGCGUGGGAGAAGCUGCGGCAGGAGAAGACGCCGGUGGAGGAGCGGCACGCGCUCAUCGACGGCGUGCUGGCCGCGCUGGAAGGCUCUCGCUCUCUGCUCCCUGCUGCGUGCUACCGCCUCGGCACCGACGCCCAGCGCGACGCGCUGAUGGAGGGCGUGCAGGGCGCCGUCGCUCUCUCGCACUACGGCCACUUCUUCCUGCUCGCCGUGCUGCGGCACGGCUCGCCGCGCCACAAGCGGGCGGUCGUCUCUCAGCUCGCUGGCCGCGUGCCGGAGCUGGUGGCGCACGCGGAAGGGUCCGCCGUGCUGCAACUCGCGUAUGCCAGCGCGGCGACGCCGUCGCAGCGCACCUCCCUCUACCGCGAGCUUUGGGGCAAGGACUUUGCGCUUCUCGGCAACCGGCGCAGAGCACAGCUCGCUCUGCUCAGCCAGUCACUAACCACCGAUCCUGAGUCACCAGGCACCGGCGCAGAGCACGACUCGCUCGGCGCUUUGUUUGCGGCGGACCCUUCCGUCAAGCCUCGCCGCGCGGUGCUCGCCGGCACGCUGCACGGUGCGGCGGUGCACAUCAUGCACGAGAAGGAGGGGGCGCGCAUCGCCUGCGCCUGCCUGCGCUUCGGCGCGCCAAAGGAGCGCAAGGCCGUCCUCAAGGCGCUCAAGGGGUACGUGCUGCCGGCGGCGACGCACGCAAACGGCUCGCUCGUUGCCCUGCUCGCUCCGGGGAUCGCGGCGCACAAGUUCGGAGUCGCGCCACUUCUCGCGGUGCUCUCGCCGCGCGCGCCGCGCUACUUCUCCCCCGACGCGCUGCGCACGCUCGGCGACGCGGCGGCGGGCACCUCGAAGAAGGACCCGGCGCAGCGGCGCGAGGAGCUGCUGUCGGCGCUGCUGCCGCCGCUGCUGCGCCUGGCCGAGGCCAGCGGCGAGCGACACCUCUUCCACAACCCUGCUUAG